AUGUUCGGAGGCCUAGGGCCUGGGGACUUGGGGGCCCAGGGCAUGGCGGGACCCCUGCGGGGCCGGGUGGAGGAGCUGAAGCGGCCGUGGUGGCGGGAGGCCUCACCGCUGGUGCUCCAGCACAGUGAGGCUGCCCGGCUGGCAGCCGACGCCCUCCUGGAGCGGGGCGAGGUCGCCUACCUGCGGGUCAUCUCCGAGGAGCGGGAGCUGCCCUUCCUGAGUGCUCUGGACGUGGACUACAUGACCAGCCAUGUGCAUGGGGGCCCUGAGCUCAGCGAGGCCCAGGGACUGGAGGCCUCAGGGCCUGACCGCCUCAGCUUGCUCUCUGAAAUCACCUCAGGCACUUACUUCCCCAUGGCCUCUGACAUAGACCCCCCGGACCUGGACUUGGGCUGGCCUGAGGUUCCGCAGGCCACAGGCUUCAGCCCCACCCAGGCUGUGGUCCACUUCCAGCGGGACAAGGCCAAGAACAUCAAGGACCUUCUGCGUUUUCUCAUCAGCCAGGCCCGCACGGUGGUAGCUGUCGUGAUGGAUAUAUUCACGGACAUGGAGCUUCUGUGUGACCUCAUGGAGGCCUCGAGCCGGCGUGGUGUCCCUGUCUACCUGCUUUUGGCUCAGGAGCACCUAAGGCACUUCCUGGAGAUGUGCUACAAGAUGGACCUCAAUGGGGGGCACCUGCCGAACAUGCGUGUGCGGAGCACAUGUGGGGACACAUACUGCAGCAAGGCCGGCCGCCGCUUCACGGGGCAGGCUCUGGAGAAGUUUGUUAUCAUCGACUGUGAGCAGGUGGUGGCAGGCAGCUACAGCUUCACCUGGCUUUGCAGCCAGGCCCACACUAGCAUGGUGCUGCAGCUGAGGGGCCGCAUCGUGGAAGACUUUGACCGGGAGUUCCGCUGUCUGUAUGCCGAGUCUCGGCCUGUGGAGGGCUUCUGCGGUGGUGAGGGUCCCGUAUCUUCCAGGGCACUGUGUCCUCCCACAGUGGCCCUGGGCUUCCGGCCCAGUGUGUUGAGCCCUGCAUCCUCCUCACCCUCCAGCACCAGCCUUAGCAGCAUCAAACGCUCACCUCUAAUGGACCACUCCUCUUACCUCAGUCCACCAGGAGGCGGUGGCUGCAGUGACACGGGUAUGGGGUCCUCAUCCCUGGGCCCUGCCUGCCGCGGGGCCAGUGGCCAGCCCUCUCUGAAGCGCCAGCUGUCUGACCCUAACCAUGGCUCCCUGCCAGGGCCCUACAGGUCCAAUCUAGGCAAGUUGGGGGUGUCCCCAUGGUCCCAGUCCUCCCCUACCCUCAACCACAAUGGUGCCAGCCCCUUGACCCUGGCAGUGGGGUCACCUAUGCUUGCCCGCCAACGCCCCCUCCUCCCCUUCCCCCAGGGUGUUUCAGCCCUAUCCCGGCUCCCAGAGAAUGGGCUCCUGAGAAGCCAGGAGUCUAGUCCCCAACGAAGUCGCUGGGUACCUAGCACAGCCCUGGAGACAGUGGAGGAGAAGAAGGUGUCUCUGAAUCAGAGCCAUGGCCAGUUGGAUCUCCUUGUCCCCUUCCCCAGAGCCAGAGAAGCUGGAGGCCCUGAUUCUGGGGUUGACCCCAGCUUGGGCUCCUUCUGGCCUGGAGAGCAGGCUCCAGAGGACAGGCGGUUGUCCCCAAACCAGAGAUAUAACCAGCUGGAUCUCCUGCCUCAGACCCAGGGUGCUGGGGGUACCCCUGAGUCAGGUUCCCCCAGACCUGGCAAUCAAAUUCCAGAGGACAAGAGGCUGUCCUCAAACCACAGCCACAGCCAAUUGGACCUCCUGGUACAGUACCCCAAGGCUGGGGGCUCCAGAGUGCCCCCUGAAGCCAACUCCUCAGCCAGGGCUGACAAGCAAAGUCUUGAUGAGCGACGACAGACCCUGGGCCACAGCCAGCUGGACCUCAUCACAAAGUUUGGCCCAUUCCGGGGUGAGGGGCCUGGGCCCAGUGGUCUCCCCAGACCAAGCCCUGCUCGAAAGGCUGGAGUGGGCUCUGGGGAUGAGAAUAGGCUGACCCUGGGCCACAGCAAGCUGGACCUCAUUACCAAGUAUCAUCAAUUGCAGGGCACCAGGCAAGGACCUGACCCUGGCCUCCCUGGAGGCCCCACAGGUGGCCAUCACAGUGGCAGUAGCAAUGGCCUGUCAGGGGACGAGAAGCGGCUGACCUUGGGCCACAGCAAACUGGACCUCAUCACUAAGUACAACAAGUCCAAGUUCAAACUUCUCCGAAGCCGCUUUGAGUCCUAGUCCUGCUCCCAGCAAGGACAUGUCCUUCCUCCAUCUACUUGGAUUCUAGAUUUACUCAGGUUCCAGACCCUGGGGUUCUCCAGCAGGGCUGCAUGGGGAGCAGAGGGUGUCUAGAAGCUCAAGUUAGACACUCACUGAGUUCAGAAUUCUUGUUUACACACACACACACACACACACACACACGAAAACAGAAACCACAGUACCUGCCAUUUGCCACUGUGCUGGGUGCCUUACACAGGUUAAUUCUCAUCCUUCAUCCUCACAACAUUCUACAAGAUAGACCUCUAGCAGGUAUACGUUUCUAGGAUCAUAGGUACUAUCUUCCCUAUUUUAUAAAUGUGGAAGCUGAGGCCCAGAGAGUUUGAUGACUUGCUUGGAAUCAGGUCCAAGUGGAACCAGUGGCAGAGCUGGGGCCCAAACCCGUGUCCCUAAUGCUUACGAUUGUGUUUUUGCACAGACAUGACACACCAUUAUCAACAGUUCACAUGUCCCCAUGCACACAAAACACACACAUCACAGAGAUGCCCCAAAUGCCUGUA